AUGGCACCCAAUUCCUCCCAAUCACCCUCCGCACCGUCUCCGUCUUUGAAGCGCAAGCAAGCGACCAUCUCCAGCUUCUUCUCUCAAAAGCCCUCCUCGCAGACCAGUACCUCAAACGACUCAGCAGCUAUCCAAGAGCGUUUAUCUAAGAAACGGCCCGCGUCGCCUGUGGAGGACAAUGAACCGAAUCAGGCAGCACCCGAACCAGAGCCCGAAGCCGAAGACGAGGACGAAGUCAUCGUACGACCUACAAAGCGUGCCAGAACAAACGGAUCUACACCAGCAGAACCGAAACAAUUGAAACAGGCCCCCGAAUUACCUCCAAACCCACCCUCCCAGCCAAACAGCAGCCAACGCACCGACAUUUUCAAAUUCCAAACUUCACCCGCCAUAGCCACACCCGAGAAUGACCAGGCCGACACCCAGCGAAAGCAAGAAAGAGAAAAACUCCACCUAAAAUUCGUCCGCAAGCUUGGCGGCGCAGACUGUCUAAUCGGAAUCGGCCGCAGGGCAGCCAGUGAUGUUGCCGCUGCCGCUGAGGCUGAAGACGGCGAGGAUGAAGACGAGGCUCCCCCGCCCCCGACUAAGGGCAAGGGUGCCAAGAAGGGCGGUAACAAGCUGACUCCGAUGGAGAAGCAGGUAAUUGAAAUCAAGCGGAAACAUAUGGGUACGGUACUUGUCAUUGAGGUUGGGUAUAAGUUCCGAUUCUUUGGAGAGGAUGCAAGGAUUGCUGCGAAGGAGUUGGGGAUUGUGUGUAUUCCGGGAAAAUUCAGGUUCGAUGAACAUCCAUCGGAAGCCCACAUCGAUCGAUUCGCUUCCGCAAGUAUCCCUGUGCAUCGGCUGCACGUCCACGUUAAGCGUCUUAUUACAGCAGGCCAUAAAGUCGGCGUGGUACGCCAGAUCGAAACCGCUGCCCUCAAGGCCGCGGGUGAUAAUCGCAAUGCGCCGUUCGUUCGCAAGUUAACGAACUUGUACACGAAAGGUACAUACAUCGACGAUAUCGAGGGCCUCGAGGGUCCGGCUCCGGCGGCUGGAAAUGUUUCGCCUGCUACGGGGUAUAUGCUCUGCAUCACGGAGUCGAAUGCCAAAGGAUGGGGUAAUGAUGAACGAGUGCAUGUCGGGUUUGUCGCCGUGCAGCCUAACACGGGCGAUGUGAUCUACGAUGAUUUCGAAGAUGGGUUCAUGCGAAGUGAGAUCGAGACUCGGCUUUUGCAUAUUGCGCCUUGUGAGAUUUUGAUUGUUGGGGAGAUGUCCAAGGCUAGUGAAAAGCUUGUUCGGCAUUUAUCUGGUAGUAAGAUGAAUGUUUUUGGAGAUGCGGUGAGGUUGGAAAGAGCUGAGAAGAAGAAAACUGCUGCUGCUGAAGCGCAUAGCCAUGUUUCGAGUUUCUAUGCUGGCAAGAUGAAAGCUACUCGGACAGAUGAGGAUGUGCAUGCUGCGCAGUUGUUGAAGAAUGUUCUCGAGUUGCCGGAGCAUGUUACAAUCUGCUUGUCUUCUAUGAUCGAGCAUAUGACUGAGUAUGGACUCGAGCAUGUCUUUGACUUGACGAAGUACUUCCAGCCGUUCUCUGCGAGGUCUCAUAUGUUGCUGAAUGGCAAUACGCUUGUUAGUCUGGAGAUCUAUCAGAAUCAGACUGACCAUUCGGCGAAGGGAAGUCUUUUUUGGACUUUGGAUCGGACGCAGACGCGGUUCGGGCAGAGGUUGUUGCGGAGGUGGGUUGGAAGGCCUCUGCUUGACAAGAAGCGGCUGGAGGAGAGGACCAGUGCUGUGGAGGAGUUGACGAAUUCUUCGAAGGCUGUCCCCGUGGAGAGAGUCAAGGGCUUGUUGAACAAGAUUAAGAGUGAUUUGGAGAAGAGUCUGAUUCGUAUUUACUACGGCAAGUGCACUCGACCGGAGCUUCUUACAGUCUUGCAGACCAUGCAGACGAUCGCCAUGGCAUUCUCAGAUAUCAAGUCUCCGGCGGACACGGGAUUCGAGUCAACACUUCUUAGUGAGGCCGUUGCUGCUCUGCCAACCAUCCAAGAGGAAGUAACCCGGUUCUUGGACAAAAUAAAUAUGUACGCAGCCAAAAAAGAUGACAAAUACGCCUUCUUCCGAGAAGAAGAGGAAACCGACGAGGUUGGCGAACAGAAGCUGGGCAUCGCCAGUAUCGAACAUGAGCUACAGGCCCAUCUCAAGGUCGCCGAGGAGAAAUUGGGCCGGAAGAAAGUCGAUUACACUACGGUUUCCGGCAUCGAGUACCUGAUCGAGAUCGAGAACAACUCACUCGCGAUCAAAAAGGUGCCCGCCUCAUGGGUCAAAGUCAGCGGCACAAAGAAGGUUUCCCGCUUCCACACACCAGAGGUAAUCCAACUCAUCCGCCAACGAGACCAAUACAAGGAAGCGCUCGCUGCAGCCUGCGACAAAGCCUUUGCGGCCCUCCUAGCAGAAAUCGCCCAACAAUACCAAUCCUUCCGAGACUGCGUCCAAUCCCUUGCAACCCUCGACUGCCUCGUCUCCCUAUCCGUCAUCGCUCAACAACCCGGCUAUGUCAAACCCGAAUACACCGAAGACGCCUGUCUCCACGUGUCCCAAGGCCGCCAUCCAAUGGUCGAGCGCCUCUUGACAGAUACCUACGUCCCCAACGACACAAAACUCGACCAAGACGGCACGCGAGCCCUCCUCGUAACGGGCCCGAACAUGGGCGGCAAAUCCAGCUACGUCCGCCAAGUCGCGCUAAUCGCAAUCAUGGGCCAAAUUGGCUCCUACGUCCCUGCCGAAUCAGCCCGUCUGGGCCUUCUCGACGCGGUAUUCACACGCAUGGGCGCUUUCGAUAACAUGCUCGCAGGCGAGUCGACAUUCAUGGUCGAACUCUCUGAAACAGCAGAUAUCCUCAAACAAGCAACCCCGCGAUCCCUCGUCAUUCUCGACGAACUGGGCCGUGGGACAUCCACUCAUGAUGGUGUUGCCAUCGCUCAGGCUGUACUAGACCAUAUGGUCCGCUCUAUUCGAUCGCUGACACUGUUCAUCACGCAUUACCAGCAUCUUUCCCGAAUGGUGCAGUCAUUCCCACAGGCUGAGCUACAGAAUGUGCAUAUGCAAUUUACGGAGUCUGGCAAGGACGAUAAUAUCACUUUCCUCUAUGAGGUCGGCGAAGGCGUUGCGCAUCGGAGUUAUGGGUUGAAUGUUGCGCGGUUGGCGAAUUUGCCUACGUCGGUGAUUGACCUUGCCAGGACGAAGAGUGCGGAACUCGAGGAGACUAUUAAGAGAAAGAGGUUGGCUGCUGUUGUUGGGGCUGUGGGGAAAAUUGUUGAGAGUGGUUCACAUAAGGAGGAUCUGUUUGAUCGGUUGCUUGCUAGUGCUGAGCAGUUGUAG